AGAACCUGCUACUGACUGCCUAGCCAUGGGUUGCUACCUGCUGCUGCUGCUCCUGGGAUUAGCAGGCCAAGGCUCAGCUGAUAGUCAUCCUGAGGUUCUACAGGCAGCAGUGGGGUCAUCCAUUCUAGUGCAGUGCCACUACCGGCUCCAGGAUGUGAGGGCUCGCAAGGUGUGGUGCCGGUUCGUGCAGGAAGGCUGCCGCCCACUAGUGACCUCAGCGGUGGACCGAAGAGCUCCAGAAAGCGGGCGCAUAUUCCUCACUGACAUGGGUGGGGGACUCCUGCAGGUGGAAAUGGUGAGCCUGCAGGAGGAGGACACAGGGAAGUAUGGUUGUGUGGUGGAGGGAGCUGCCGGACCCCAGACCCCGCAUAACAUCUCGCUGCUGGUGCUUCCACCAGUUCCUGGCCCAGGAGACGGGGAGGAAGCAGAGGAAGAGGAAGAAACCUAUAGAACCAGAGCCGGAAGUCAGCUCGAGGACCCCUCCUUGGACCCUUCCGCGAGUGCUGGUCCUCACGAGUUCAGGCGGCGUGAGAACAGGUACCUGAAGCAGUGUAUCCCCCUGAUCUGGGGUGCGGCGCUCCUGCUGGGCCUGUUGGUGGUGGCUGUGGUGCUGUUUGCUGUGAUGGCCAGAAAGAAAGGGAACAGGCUUGGUGUCUGUGGCCCAUCCCAGAACACCGGAAAUUCAGGCAUGGACCCUUCCUCAGCAGCCCACCAUAGAAGUGACUCUGGACUCCCCUCGGACAUACCACAUAUGAGGCUCGACUCACCACCUUCCUUUGACUCCAUCUACACGGACCCUUCUCUUGAUCCACCAUCAAGGAAACCCCCAGCCCCACCCCCAGAGCCUCCUCUGCCUCCUAAGGUUCUGACCUCCUCCAAGCCUGUGACAUAUGCCACAGUUGUCUUCCCGGGAAGGGGCAAAGGUGAAAAAGCCUCCGGUGAGCCGGCUCAGGAUCUACCAAACAGACAAACUCCACCCAGUAAAUGAUACUCCUUAGUUUAUACUCUUGGGAUCACCCCUGGAGAAUUCUCGGCAGCCUGUCCAACUAGCUCUGCCUUUUAUGCCCAGAGUAUGUCAGCAACCGGUGACUCGGGGGCUCUGAUCUAGUAUCUUGGUUUGGUGGACAUAGGAAGUGGUGCUCAGUUAUGAUUGAGGUGUUUGGGGGAAGAAUUCUUUCCUGCUGCUUCCUGGUGCUGGAUCUGCUGUCAUUACAUCUUGGGCUAAAUAAACCCAGAGGAUGUGGAAGCUC